AUGGGUUCCUAUUCCGGUGGAUUCCAUGGAUCCUUGGAUGGGUUCGAUUUCAGUAGCGAGUUUGAUGAUUUGCCUGGCUCAGACGAUGCUCUAGGUUUAGCUGAUGGAUUCUAUCUAGAUGAGCCUCUCUUAGAUUUCGCAUCUUUAGAUCAUUCAUUAGCAAUCCCAAAUACAUAUCCUUUACAAUCCAACAACAAAGCUGCAACAAUAGAUCCAUUACUAUCAUCCCCAUCCGAUGACGCUGAUGACUCCGUUUUGAAGUACAUAAGCCAAGUGCUUAUGGAGGAAGACAUGGAAGAGAAGCCAUGUAUGUUUCACGACGCCUUAGCUCUCCAAGCAGCUGAGAAGUCUCUCUAUGAAGCCCUCGGCGAGAAGUACCCUUCUUCUUCUGCUUCCUCUUCCUCUAUGGACCAUCAAGCUUACCCUGAGAAAUCAAGUCCUGACGGUUCUUGUUCAGGCGGUGGCUUCAGUGAUUACGCUAGCACCACAACCACCACUUCCUCUGACUCACACUGGAGUGUUGAUGGCUUGGAGAACAGACCUUCUUGGUUACAGACUCCGAUCCCUCCCAAUUUCGUUUUCCAGUCUACUUCUAGGUCCAACAGUGUCUCUAAUGGUGGUAACAGCUCCGUUUUCGGAGAUGAUUUGGUUUCGAGUAUGUUCAAAGACAGUGAAUUGGCUAUGCAGUUUCAGAGAGGAGUGGAGGAAGCGAGUAAGUUCCUUCCCAAGUCUUCUCAGCUGUUCAUCGACUUAGACAGUUACAUCCCCAAGAAUUCUGGCUCUGAGGUUUCUGUUAAGAAGGAGAAGAAAGAUGAGACAGAGCAUCACAGAUUGACUGGGAAGAAAAGCCAUUGGCGUGACGAAGAUGAAGACUUCGAAGAAGAAAGAAGUAACAAGCAAUCAGCUGUUUACGUUGAAGACACAGAGCUCUCUGAGAUGUUUGACAAGAUCUUGCUGUGUGGCGGCUCUGAGCAACCUGUAUGCAUUACCAACCAGAAGUUCCCAGAAGAAUCCGCCAAAGUCGAGACGACGAGUCACCAAGCUUCGAAUGGAGCAAAGAGCCGUGGAAAGAAAUCAACUGCUGCUACUAGUACUAAUGGUAAUGACUCCAAGAAAGAAACUGCUGAUUUGAGGACUCUUUUGGUGUUAUGUGCACAAGCUGUAUCAGUUGAUGAUCGUAGAACCGCAAACGAGAUGCUAAGACAGAUACGAGAGCAUUCUUCUCCUCUAGGGAACGGCUCAGAGAGAUUAGCUCAUCAUUUCGCAAACAGUCUCGAAGCACGUUUAGCUGGGACCGGUACACAGAUCUACACAGCGUUAUCUUCCAAGAAAACGUCAGCAGCAGACAUGUUGAAGGCUUACCAGACUUACAUCUCUGUCUGCCCGUUCAAGAAAGCAGCCAUCAUAUUUGCUAACCACAGCAUAAUGCGUUUGACUGCUAACGCCAACGUGAUCCACAUCAUAGACUUCGGGAUCUCUUACGGUUUCCAAUGGCCUGCGCUGAUUUAUCGCCUCUCGUUUAGAAAUGGUGAUCGUGGUCCUCCUCCUAAGCUUCGGAUUACAGGUAUAGAGCUUCCUCAGCGCGGUUUUAGACCAGCGGAAGGAGUUCAGGAGACGGGUCGUCGCUUGGCUCGAUACUGUCAGAGGUACAAUGUUCCGUUUGAGUACAAUGCCAUUGCUCAGAAGUGGGAAACGAUUAAAGUUGAAGACUUGAAGAUUCAAGAAGGAGAGUUUGUGGUUGUGAACUCUCUGUUUCGUUUCAAGAACCUUUUGGAUGAGACGGUUGUGGCCGUGAACAGCCCUAGAGAUGCGGUUUUGAGCCUGAUAAGGAAAGCGAAGCCUAAUGCUUUCAUCCCGGCGAUCUUGAGCGGAUCCUACAACGCGCCGUUCUUCGUCACGAGGUUUAGAGAAGCCUUGUUUCAUUACUCGGCUCUGUUUGAUAUGUGUGACUCGAAGCUGACGAGGGAAGACGAGAUGAGGCUCAUGUUUGAGAAGGAGUUUUAUGGAAGAGAGAUUAUGAAUGUUGUGGCUUGUGAAGGGACGGAGAGAGUGGAGAGACCGGAGACGUAUAAGCAGUGGCAGGCGAGAGUGAUCCGAGCCGGGUUUAGACAGCUUCCGCUUGAGAAGGAACUGAUGCAGAAUCUGAAGCUGAAGAUCGAGAACGGGUAUGAUAAGAACUUCGAUGUUGAUCAAAAUGGUAACUGGUUGCUUCAAGGGUGGAAAGGUAGAAUCGUGUAUGCUUCGUCUGUUUGGGUUCCUUCUUCAUAG